CAGGCGCCCUAGGUCGCGAGGCGGCCCAGGAUCCGCCCGGUCCGUCCGCCUGCUGAGGUGCCAUGGAGCCGCCGCCGCUGUCGCCGCCGCUCUGCACGCUGCCGGCCGGCCCCGGACCCCCGCGCUUCGUGUGUUACUGCGCGGGGGAGGGUAGUGGGACGUGGGAACGCGACGGCUUCAACCUCUAUGUGACGGACGCCGCGGAGCUUUGGAGCACCUGCUUCACGCCGGACAGCCUGGCGGCCCUCGAAGCCCGUUUUGGCCUGAGUGCGGCUGAAGACAUCACCCCCCGCUUCAGGGCAGCCUGCCAGCAGCAAGCUGUGACUCUCACCCUGCAGGAGGACAGAGCAUCCCUGACCGUUUCAGGGGGGCCCUCUGCGCUGGAAUUUGACCUCUCCAAGGUGCCGGGCCCAGAGGCAGCCUCCAGGUUGCAGGCACUGACACUGGGCCUGGCAGAGCGCGUGUGCAGCUUGGAGCGGCGGCUGGCAGCUGCUGCAGAGGAGACGGCCACCAGCCCCAGGAAGAGCUCCCGGCAGGUGGACCCUCCGCUCUACUUACGAGACCCGGAUCCUCAGAGAGGUGGCCCUGGACCUGGGGUCAAGAGGCGGUGUCCGGGAGAGUCUCUCAUCAACCCCGGCUUCAAGAGAAACCAGCUGGUGGUGUAGACUUCGACGACCCCUGAGGGUGCAGCAAAAAGCGUGACCUUCGGGAGGCUGCUUGCCGUGGGGCUGGGCAGCCCCUGGGAUCCUCCCACUGGCACCUGCCCAUCCCGCUGCCAGGCAGGAACAAGCCUGCUCCCCCAGCCCCUUCCCCAUCAAAUAAACAUUUGGUGGAGGUCACAGA